GCGUUUGAUAACAAAGAUCACACCACACAGAUUAGCGAUACCACCAUAUUCAGCAACAAUGGAGAUGUUCUAUUUCCUUGUGUUCGGUGGAUUGGGUGCAGUGGUUGCUGCAGUGGAGCUUAGCAAAACUAACAAAGAUAGAAUCAAUACCACUACCGCUUUCAAUUCUUUCAAGAACAAUUACCUCGUCGUCUACUCUCUUAUGAUGGCUGGGGACUGGUUGCAGGGUCCUUAUGUCUACUUCCUUUAUAGUCAAUAUGGAUAUGGCAAAGGGGAGAUUGGACAACUUUUUAUAGCUGGUUUUGGAUCCUCCAUGUUGUUUGGGACAAUCGUUGGAUCUCUAGCGGACAAACAAGGUCGAAGGAGAGCUUGUGUUACUUAUUGCAUAACAUACAUACUGAGUUGCAUCACUAAGCAUUCACCUCAAUACAAAGUUCUGAUGAUAGGUCGUAUUUUGGGAGGUAUUGCUACUUCUCUCCUAUUUUCAGCAUUUGAGUCAUGGCUUGUUGCUGAGCACAACAAGAGGGGCUUUGAGCAACAGUGGCUGUCAAUAACAUUCUCAAAGGCAAUAUUUCUUGGCAAUGGUCUUGUUGCUAUUGUCUCUGGAUUGUUUGGCAAUUUACUUGUUGAUACAUUUGCUCUUGGUCCUGUGGCCCCCUUUGAUGCUGCUGCAUGCUUUCUUGCAAUUGGGAUGGCCAUUAUUUUAUCUUCAUGGACUGAAAAUUAUGGAGAUACUUCCGAGAACAAGGACUUGCUCACCCAAUUCAGAUCUGCUGCUGUGGCAAUUGCUUCGGAUGAAAAAAUUGCUUUGCUGGGUGCUAUCCAGUCCCUAUUCGAAGGUUCAAUGUAUACCUUUGUCUUCCUCUGGACUCCUGCUCUAAGCCCAAACAAUGAGGACAUUCCCCAUGGCUUUAUUUUUGCAACUUUCAUGUUAGCUUCAAUGUUGGGCAGUUCCCUUGCAUCUAGAUUGCUGGCUCGCUCAACACUCAGGGUUGAGAGCUACAUGCAGAUUGUUUUUCUAGUGUCUUCUGUCUCCCUUAUGCUUCCAAUUAUUACCAGUCUUCUGGUUACACCCUCCAAGGUAAGAGGUGGAAGCAUCUCAUUUUCUGGCUGUAUUCAGCUUCUUGGCUUCUGUACCUUUGAGGCUUGUGUAGGUCUAUUUUGGCCAUCCAUUAUGAAGAUGAGGUCUCAGUACAUUCCUGAGGAGGCGAGAAGCACCAUCAUGAACUUCUUUCGCAUUCCUCUCAAUCUCUUUGUGUGCGUCGUGCUGUAUAAUGUUGAUGCAUUUCCCAUUACUGUUAUGUUUGGUAUGUGCUCGAUUUUCCUCUUUGUGGCAUCAGUCUUGCAGAGGCGACUGAUGGUGAUCGCAGACAAAUCAAGGCCACAAGAAUGGUCAUUAAAGGAAAGGGACAAUGAGGCAGAGCCAUUGAACAUUUGAUUGAUGUUGAGUUAAUUCAUGAUAAUUCGCCAUCAUUGCUGUUAGGUUGAAAACAACCAAUUGAUUCAUUCCAUACACUGUUGAAGCUUCUGUUUGAUUGAGUUGUAUUAAAUUUACAGGUGAGGAUUCAAAUGUAUAAGAAAAUUAGUGGUGUGCUCAGCAGAGUGAAGGAAAAUUAGUGGUCACAAUUGGGCUUUUAUAAGAAAAUUAGUGCAUCAGAUAAUCUUUUAACGAUUAUAGUAAGAUAUUAAGUGCCUACUUCUGUAAUUCAGAUGAUAUUCUUUUUCAAAACUGGGUUUAUAAUUUGUACUGAAAUAGCUAUACUUUCUUCUA